AUGUCUGUUCAUAUCUAUAUAUCUAUCUAUCUGUCUCAGCCUGUCCAUAUCUAUCUAUCUAUCUGUCUCAGCCUGUCCAUAUCUAUCUAUCUAUCUGUCUCAGCCUGUCCAUAUCUAUCUAUCUAUCUAUCUAUCUAUCUAUCUAUCUAUCUAUCCCAGUCUGUUCAUAUCUACCUAUCUCAGUCUGUUCGCAUUUAUCUAUCUACCUAUCUAUCUCAGUCUGUUCAUAUCUAUCUAUCUCAGUUUGUACAUAUCUAUCUAUCUAUCUAUCUAUCAAUCUAUCUCAGUCUGUUCGCAUCUAUCUAUCUAUCUAUCUUUCUCAGUCUGUUCAUAUCUAUCUAUCUCAGUCUGUACAUAUCUAUCUAUAUAUCUUUCUCAGUCUGUUCAUAUCUAUCUAUCUCAGUCUGUACAUAUCUAUCUAUCUAUCUAUCUUUCUCAGUCUGUUCAUAUCUAUCUAUCUCAGUCUGUACAUAUCUAUCUAUCUAUCUUUCUCAGUCUGUUCAUAUCUAUCUAUCUCAGUCUGUACAUAUCUAUCUAUCUAUCUAUCUAUCUAUCUAUCUAUCUAUCUAUCUAUCUAUCUCAGUCUGUUUAUAUCUAUCUAUCUAUCUAUCUAUCUAUCUAUCUAUCUAUCUAUCUAUCUGUCUGUCCAAUACGAACGUCUGUCUAUUAAUCCAAAAUUCUUAUCACUUUCUGUCUGUUCCUAUCUAUCUAUCUAUCUAUCUAUCUAUCUAUCUAUCUAUCUAUCCCAAACAUAUAUCCCUGUUGAUCUAUUAUAGGCAUGUAGAAGGUGAUUAA